UUGGCGUACACACUUUAUUGAUAAGGGGGAAACAAAGGUGUUUCGCUGGGGAGUAGAAUAACCGUAAAUUCGAUGCUAGUGGAUCGCAAUAAAAAGAACUCAACAUAUUAAGGGAGAAAUGUUGAACCAGGGAUUUGUUGUCUUAAGUUUGCUUGAAGUGUUUCUGGUAGGAAUGAUGGGAUUAACAUGUAGCAGUAGUAGUCUGCAGCGAGAGGCGGUUUUCUCGCCCGAGCAUCGAGCCCGACUCCUCGGCCAGUCGUCCCUGAAUAUCUCGGGCAUCUCUGCUGUAAGGUGUUCGGCCCGGUGUCUCCGUCAUCAUCGAUGUGUUUCUUUCAACUACGAUCGCAUCAAUCGAGUAUGUCAGCUGAACAACGCCUCGAGGGAGGAAGCUACUGGGUUAUUUCAUCAUCAAGAUGGCUACUCGUAUUAUGAACUGAAGAACAUCUCGACCUCCGCAAUCAACACAGGAUCACAGUUUGACGCCACAACCGAGCCCAAUGAAUCAACAACCAUUGCGUAUACCACGUUGCAAGAGUCUACAAUGGCAACAACGACCGGUCAAGCAUCUACAAUGGGAACAACUACCAAUCCUUGCAAAAACAAACUUGGUAUGGAAGAUGGCUCCAUCUCUGACGGCAGUAUCACCGCUUCAAGCAGUUGGAACGCAGAAGGGGGGUACAUCGACGUCAGCACUCCCGCCGAUGGACGUCUCAACAAAGUUCCCACACACGUUGAUAUCAUAGGUGCGUGGCAACCCCGCGUUGCGAACCUCGACCAAUGGAUACAGGUAGAUCUAGGCAGCCCGACCUACGUGACAUGCGUACUCAUACAGGGGCGUCAGGAUCAUACGAACCAAUGGGUGACCAAGUACAAAGUUCAGUUCAGAGAGACAUUGACGUCAUCCCUACUUGCUGUGAAUGAUGACUUCGGAGUGUCCCAGGUUUUUGAUGGCAAUGUUAACUCGCAUGGUAUUGUGGAAAGCUGCUUUGAUGCGCCCAUCCUGAUGACAGUGGUGCGCCUUAUCCCGGUGGAGUGGAACGAUUUCAUUGCUAUUCGGUUCGAACUGCUUGGCUGUGUUGUAUGAGCUGGCCACUCAUGCCGCCAUGCCUGACUGGUUUAUUAUUUUAUACAUAACCAACUGGUAAUCACCACAGCUGCUAAACGCUACUCUCACACUUGGGUAAAUAUUCUUGCGAAUAUGAAUCUUUGAAAUUCGCGAUGAAUGCGCCAAAAUGUUUCGAUUUUAUAGUGAAUAUUAUGUCCUCGGUCGUCCUUAAACCUCUCCUUAUCAAGAUCUUACGCGUUCGCACGCUUUACUAACAGCACGAAUGGCUUACCGACGCUAAUUACGAAACGGAUGGCGAAUUACCGUAAUCACAACAAUCGCUUGAAUUUAGGAAGCGCUUCGUAUUGCUGCUCUGACAGAGUGGCGAAUGUUCUUGCGAAGACGAAUAUUUGAAUUUCGUGUUGAAUUCGUCCAAAAUGGCGGUUGGUCUCACACCCACUACUAUCAAUGCUUGUCACUGUCUUUAUGAACGUUGCCAACGCUUACGCACGCUUUACCAACCGUACCAAUUCGACGGUGAAUGACCGUCUUCGCAACAUCCGCUGCAAUUUAGAAACCGGUUUCUAAAUUCAACGAUCUUCGUAAAUGAGGUGGGGAUUAAGAUGUGGACGUUCCAAAUUUGUUACCAACGCUUACGAAGACACAGCGAAUGUUGCGAAAAGUUUGAGCGAGUGUCAAAUAUUUCCUUUCCUUAGCAUCAUAACUUGACCGAUCAUGAAUGAGGUGUGAAGAAUAACUUGUGAACGUUCCGAAUUUGUUACCAAAUCUAACGAAGACACGGCAGAUUUUGCGAAGUGUGAGCAAUUGUUAAAUAUUUCCGUUCGUCGUGAGCACAUUCGCUAGCAUAUUCUCCCCAGUGUGAGAGUAUAGCAUUAUUGAAAUUUAUACCGCUCUGUACAAGCAUGAUACAAGUAGCAUUAGUGAAACUUAUAUCGCUCUAUACAAGGGCACUUUAGUUUCAUCCCUUUCCAUGUAACCAAACUGCGGCUGGAACGAAGACUGGAUAUUAUGACGUCAUAAACCAUGAUGAUAACUAUUGGUCUUGGUUGCACCAUUUCGACGCCAUCCCAACAAUUUUUCAAGCUAGUGGGAAGUCGAAGAAGGUACCUGAAAGACGUGACGAACCUAAAGGAGCAUUUGCUUUACGUGAAAAAAAUCGGGUAUUGUUUCAACUUUGAGGGCAUGUUUUAAACUUGCGCAUAGCGUCAAUAUCUUGUGUUGGCACUGCAUGCGAUUCACCGUGCCGGGUAAUCCGAGUGGACCGUCCGCACAGCAGCCAUGCGUGCAGUCUUCUAUGUGACAGUAGUUCUGUAAGUAGGCAUUAUGCCGAUAAGGUACCCAAACGUAGUGUAUGGGGCCAGACUACACACUUUCUCUUCAAAUAUCGCGCCUCGAUUGACGUCACGAACAGCGCCCUCUCGGGACGGGCCUGCUUUUAAAUUUGUAAAUAAUUAAUCAUGAAAACUAAUUGACUGUGCACAAGCCAGGAAUUGACAAAUAUUAUAUUGUUGUAAGAUUUUUGGUAAAAAGCUGUGGGACUCAUAAGUAUUUUCGAAUAUUAUGUAUUAGCAUUUCGCACUGUAGAGGCCUAUGCUAGGAUAUUGGAGGGUUGCCCCUGGAGCUUAAAGGAACACGUUGCCUUGGAUCGGACGAGUUGGUCUAUGAAAAAGCGUUUGUUACCGUUUGU